AUGAAGAACAUAGAAGUUGACGUGGACGUCGAGAUGAAGUCGAUCCAGCUUCAGGAGCCCUCGGCCGACGUACCAAGUCCUACAGGGGAUGUUACACCUGCGGGCCAGAAGGGUAAGGAAAAUGGUCAGCGCAGGCGUGCUCACAUCCAAUUUGCGACGCUCUGUUGGUCAUUGUACCUUGCGGGAUGGAAUGAUGGCACGACCGGUCCUCUUUUGCCUCGGAUACAACGGGUGUACAGUGUUAACUUCGCUGUUGUAUCUCUCCUUUUCGUGUUCGCAUGCAUUGGCUUUAUGACUGGAGCCCUUUCCAAUCUAGUGCUUGAUGGUCGCUAUGGGUUUGGAAAGGUUAUCGUACUAGGAUCGCUGUUUCAAGUUGUCGCAUAUUGUUUUGAGUCCGCUACUCCCCCCUUUCCUCUCUUCGUGUUAUGGUAUGCUAUCAACGGCGUUGGAAUGGCCCUGCAGAAUGCCCAGGCAAAUGGAUUUGUCGCCAGUCUUCGUGAUAACCCAGAAAUGAAAAUGGGAAUUUUACAUGCGGUACGCUUUCAGUACAUCUCAUCUCCUAACCGUCGCGUAGGCGCAGGUGCAUUUUCAUCUCCACUUGUGGCGACGCAGUUCGCCCAGCAGCCGCACUGGUCGCUCCAUUAUCUUUGCUCCUUCGGCAUGGCAUUGCUGAACUCUAUUCUGCUGAUUGCAGUCCUUCCGACUGAAAAAUCAGGAUGCGAGCGCAGCCAGUUCCGGCAAGUAUUUGCACUCAGGGCGGUUCACCUCCUCGCAUUCUUUAUACUCGUGUACGUGGGCGUAGAGGUCACCGUGGGAGGCUGGAUCGUCACGUACAUCAUAGACGUUCGAGGUGGAGGUCCGUCGUCUGGCUACAUAUCGUCGGGAUUCUUCGGAGGUCUCACGGCUGGUCGGGUUUCUUUACUAUGGGUGAACCGCAAGGUUGGGGAGCGGCGUGCAUUGUUUGUCUACGCCUUCCUUGCUAUAGGUUUAGAGUUGAUAGUAUGGCUCGUACCGUCCCUCGUUGGUGGAGCGGUUACCGUUUCCGUAGUUGGUUUCUUCUUGGGAUCAAUGUACCCUAUUGCCAUGAAUCAUGCCGGACGGGUGUUACCGCGCUGGCUCCUAACGGGAUCAAUUGGAUGGAUAGCAGGAUCCGGACAAGCAGGUUCUGCACUGCUAUCAUUCGUGACACUCCUGGAGCCAUUGCCUCUAAAUCCGGGAUAA